ACAAAAAAUGAAAGUUGGGUCAUAUUUUCUCAUUCUUCUUCCGUCAGCAGCUUGCAUCCGGCCAUUCCCCCUUUCCGCCCUUCUCCAGAGAACGGUCUCCGCUUGAUCCCAUCCUAGGGUUUUCAUCACAGCUCUCAGAUCCCAAAUCUCUCUUCCUUUUCUUGCUCUCUUAUUGCAGAUCUGGAGUGCCAGGGCAUCUAGUUAUUGAAGCUCCGGCAUCGGAUCGAUCCGCCGUGCGGUUGCGGGUUUGAUCCGAUGGGAUCGACGAUGCGCGGCCUCUCCGUGUUUAUCAGCGAUAUCCGCAACUGCCAGAAUAAGGAGCUGGAGCGCCUACGAGUCGACAAGGAGCUCGGUCAUAUUCGAACACGCUUCAAGAAUGAGAAGGGCUUGACUCCUUACGAGAAGAAGAAGUAUGUGUGGAAAAUGCUUUAUAUCUACAUGCUUGGUUAUGAUGUGGAUUUUGGUCACAUGGAGGCAGUUUCUUUGAUAUCUGCACCCAAGUAUCCAGAGAAACAGGUGGGAUACAUUGUGACAUCUUGCUUGCUCAACGAAAAUCAUGACUUCCUCAGAAUGGUUGUAAAUACAGUUCGGAAUGAUAUAGUUGGCCGCAAUGAAACUUUCCAAUGCUUGGCGCUUACCAUGGUUGGCAAUAUUGGCGGAAGAGAAUUUGCAGAAUCGCUGGCACCUGAUGUGCAAAAACUUCUUGUCUCUAGUAGCUGCAGACCUCUUGUUCGAAAAAAGGCUGCGCUUUGUCUUCUUCGCUUGUUUAGAAAGAAUCCUGAUGUUGUUAACGUAGAUGGAUGGUCGGAUCGCAUGGCGCAACUUUUAGAUGAACGUGAUUUAGGUGUCUUGACAUCCUCCAUGAGCCUUCUUGUGGCACUUGUAUCAAAUAAUUCUGAUGCAUACUGGAAUUGUGUUUCAAAAUGUGUGAAGAUUUUAGAGCGUUUGGCUAAAAAUCAUGAUGUUCCCCAAGAGUACACCUAUUAUGGAAUUCCAUCUCCAUGGCUUCAGGUUAAAACAAUGAGAGCUCUCCAAUAUUUUCCAACUAUUGAAGAUCCAAAUACUAGAAGAUCCUUGUUUGAGGUUCUUCAACGCAUUUUGAUGGGGACUGAUGUUGUUAAAAAUGUUAACAAAAAUAAUGCAUCACAUGCGGUUCUGUUUGAAGCACUUGCCUUGGUUAUGCAUCUAGAUGCUGAAAAGGAGAUGAUGUCUCAGUGUGUAGCUUUGCUGGGGAAAUUUAUUUCAGUUCGAGAACCGAAUAUUCGUUAUCUUGGUCUUGAAAACAUGACAAGGAUGCUGAUGGUCGCUGAUGUGCAAGAUAUAAUCAAAAGGCAUCAAACCCAGAUUAUUACUUCCUUAAAAGAUCCUGAUAUAAGCAUAAGAAGGCGAUCACUUGAUUUACUAUAUGGCAUGUGUGAUAUCACUAAUGCAAAGGAUAUUGUCGAGGAGUUAUUGCAGUAUCUCAGCACUGCGGAAUUUGCUAUGCGUGAAGAGCUGGCGCUGAAGGCAGCUAUUCUGGCUGAAAAAUUUGCUCCAAAUCUAUCUUGGUAUGUCGAUGUUAUACUUCAGCUUAUUGACAAAGCAGGAGACUUUGUUAGUGAUGACAUAUGGUAUCGGGUGGUACAAUUUGUCACAAAUAAUGAAGAUUUACAGCCAUAUGCAGCAGCUAAGGCUAGAGUUUAUCUUGACAAACCCGCAUUGCAUGAGACAAUGGUCAAGGUUGGUUCCUACCUUCUGGGGGAGUAUGGUCAUCUUUUAGCUAGAAGACCUGGCUGCAACCCCAAGGAGCUCUUUGCUGUCAUAAAUGAAAAGCUUCCCACAGUAUCGCCACCUACUGUUGCUAUUCUGCUUUCUUCAUAUGCCAAGAUGUUAUUGCAUACUCAACCUCCUGAUCCGGAGUUGCAAGAACAAAUUUGGGCAAUCUUCAGAAAAUAUGAGAGCUAUGUUGAUGUUGAGAUACAGCAAAGAGCCGUUGAAUAUUUUGCCUUGAGUAAAAAGGGAGCAGCUUUAAUGGAUGUAUUAGCUGAGAUGCCAAAAUUCCCUGAACGCCAAUCUGCAUUGCUGAGAAAGGCUGAGGACAUUGAUGCUGACACUGCCGAGCAAAGUGCAAUAAAAUUGAGGAGUCAGCAACAAACAUCUAAUGCCUUGGUUGUGACCGACCAACUCCCUGCAAAUGGGUCACAUUCAGUUGGCCAGCUUAAACUUGUCAAAAUUCCUAGCCAAAACAUGGAGGCUAGCUCUGUUGAUCAAGGGAGAACCGAGGUUUAUGGAGCUGUCAGCAAGGUAGAUCCAGAAGCAGCUUCAUCAGCAGACCUCCUUGGUGAUCUAUUGGGCCCACUUGCAAUAGAAGGUCCACCAAAUGCUCUUAUCGAAGAAGAACAAAGUCAGGGGAUAGAAGCUAAUCCCAGUUCUCCAGGUGCCUUAGCAUUAGCUGCUCUCGGUGAUCAGCCCAACUCAGCUCAGCCUAUUAUCAAUAUUGUAGAAAGGUUCAGUGCGUUGUGCCUGAAGGACAGUGGAGUGCUAUAUGAGGAUCCCCACAUUCAGAUUGGCGUGAAGGCAGAAUGGAAAGCUCACCAUGGACGGCUAGUACUUUUCUUGGGUAACAAGAAUAUCUCUCCACUAGCUUCCGUGCGAGCUUUAAUACUACCACCACGGCAUUUGAAGAUGGAGCUUUCACUGGUACCCGAGACCAUUCCACCAAGAGCACAGGUGCAAUGCCCACUUGAUGUUGUUAAUCUUCAAGCAAGCAGAGACGUUCCAGUUCUUGAUUUUGGUUAUAGAUUUGGAACUACGAUGGUUAAUGUAAAACUACGACUUCCAAUGCCAUUAAACAAAUUUUUACAGCCCAUGACAGUCUCUGCAGAGGAGUUCUUUCCAUAUUGGAAGUCUAUUCCUGGACCACCCAUGAAACUUCAGGAAGUCGUUAGGGGCGUGAAGCCCUUGUCGCUAUCUGAAUUGGCAAACCUGUUUGCAAGCCUGCAUUUAGGAAUAUCUCAAGGACUUGAUUUAAAUCCAAACAAUUUGGUGGCAAGUGCAACCUUCUGCUCUGACAAUUCUCGUUCAAUUCUUUGCUUGGUUAGAGUUGAGACGGACCCUGCUGACAGAAGUCAGUUACGCCUAACAGUUGCUUCCGGGGAUCCUACAUUAACCUUCGAGUUAAAGGAACUUCUUAAGGAAUAUUUGAUCAAUAUUCCUGUAACAACCCCGGUAGGGGCACCGCUCCAAGCUCAAAUUCCAGCUCCUUUGCAACUAGAGCCACCUGUGACUCCUGUGACAAAUGAUCCAGGUGCACUUCUUGCAGCACUACUCUGAACAACUACUGUUCAUCUUUACUAAGAUUUUGGCACAUCUGAGGAGAAAAGCAAAAAAAAAAUUAGAUAUGGUGCUCUGAAUACAAUAAGUAGGAGGAGAUAUCCAUCCAACAAACGGUCCACAUCAUUAAUAUUCUUUGGGGCAUUUAGAGUUUAGGCCCUUUGAUGAGUUGUUUUCAUAUACAAUAUAUAUAUCGCAGCACCAGAUGUGAUCCUCUGCAAUUGUAUUUUGAUUCCUUGAAUAUGGCUUAGAUUUAAAAAUUUGUAGCGCUAGGGAAUUUUCUGUGCA